CAAAAAACCACCGCAAGGCAGGUUUAUGUUUACUUGGGUUUAUGGCAUUUAGCAGACGAUUUUAUCCAAAGCGACUUACAAUAAGUAGGCCUACAUUUAGUCAGAAUAAAGAGAAACAAUAUAUCGCUGUUGGUACAGUAAGCUGCUGCUUGAGCUGCUCCCCCCGCGACCCGACCCCAGACAAGCGGAUGAAGAUGAGAUGAGAUGAGAUGACUACUUUCUACAAGAACAUGGCAGGCACAGACGCAGUCUGAGGCGAUGGUCAGUCAGUCCGCGGCAGAAGAUGAGUUUGGUUUCAGUGGGGACCUCGUUCCACCACUGUGGAAGCCAGGACGCUUGGCAGUCCCAAAGCAGGUGGAUAUGGGACAGGUGAUGUCAGCAGAAUAAACAGGAGAAAACCACGUCGUGGUCCGCAGCUCAUGGACACCUCGGCUCUGCAAUGAAACGUGCUGCAGUUGCAGAAUAAACGGUUUGCAUAAAGUUGAGUUAUAAUUUAUACAGAUAACAUGACACAGUUAAGUAUAAAACAGUUACCAGCUUGCAGAUGUACCGAAUGCCUUUUUCUGUUGCGCUGCUGUUUACAGUAAACACCUUAAUCCGCCACUGGGUGUAGCAGAUAGCGGCGCCAAAGAAUUAUGGUCGCGGGAGCUAUGGGGGAAUAACCUGACUCGCCAGAUGAAUUUCGUUCUACCUUAGGUGGAACAAAAUUCAUCUGGCAAGAGUCAGUUUAAUGGGGGAAUGCCUGUUGUUACAGUGAAAGGUUGUUUUCAUUAUGCAGCUAUGGAUAUAGUUUCAUUCUAAUAUAAAUUAUAAUUGUUAUUAUUGUUCCACGACUGAAGGCUCAUUUGCUUAGCCUUGGAACGUUAAAAAAAGAAAUCGCUGAUUUGUGAUUGGUUGCAAGGAGGAGAUGUGGCUGGCCGCCUUUCAUAUGUUUAACAACAGUGAAACUGAAUUGUGAUUGGUUAUUUUUUAUUCUCUUUGCCUCCCUUCAGUGACCAGCACCGGACGUAACCAGAGUAACUUCGGCCAGCCUCCUGCCUUGCAAAGGCACUUGGCAAUUUUUUCAACAUUUAUAAUUUCAUGUAAUUAAAAAAAAUAUAUUUUUAUAAUAAUUUCAUCAUCAAGUAAAUCUUUUUAAAUCACGAGGCUGCGUUGCAUCCGUUGCCUCCUCUAGGAACCGCCCCUGACGACGUCAGACGGUUGGCUUCAGAUAAGCCCGGCCUGUGGCACGUGACGCAUGAACGGCGCGCGAUUUUUGAGCGAGAGGGACAUGAACGGCGGCCGUAUUAUUGGCGCAGUUUCAUUUGGACGGGAUUGUAUCUCACAGUGGAUCCGGUGAGCCAACGAACAUAAGAAGUUAUGGCUAAAUCCAAAGGAUCGAUGGCUUUCCUGGAAGGUUAUAUUCUGCCGGAUAAGGACCAGGAUGAAGCGGCGAGCGGCGACGACUCCGAGGGGGACGGCGAGGAGGACACGACCACAGAGUUCCUCGACAUGGAGGAGAUGUCCGACUCUAACUCAAAGACGGCGUGGAUCAACCAGUCGCCGGGGCCGCCCAAGCGUAAAGUCCUAUUCAAGACGUUCAGUGGAGAUGAGUUCUGGGUGACGGGCCGUUUUGCCCUGAGCGCCCCCUGGUGGCACAUCACCUGCCGCACACAAGGCCCCAAGAAGAACUUGACCGUAAAGGGCUCUGCUUGGUACACGAUACGCACGGACCUGGACAAAGACGGAUGGAGGCCCAUUGUUUCCCUGUUUCUGGUGGCGUGCAAUGUGACAGAUGAUUCAAUCCAACCGUUCUUCGAGUGGUUGCCCAAGGAACGCCUCGUUACCAUUCUGAAUUUAUUGGAGGUCCUCACUGAGUUUGGGGACACAGACCCCCUGGCGCAGAACAUCAUUCGAUGCGUUUCAUCCUCAGCCGAAUGCAGGAGGAUGCAGGCGUCCUCUUCCUACCCCUGGGUUAUGAAAUACUUACCGGUACUUUUACCGCGGCAGUUUGACGCUCUGCUUUCUCCACCGAAGGCGGCUAGUAGCAACAACGUGGAUAGUCUAUUGGCCAAACUAGAAGACAUCAUUGAAAAUGAUGUGUGGAAGUUAGGGUUUUCAGAGGUUAUGCUUGAAGAACUGAAGUUGCGCUGCGAGGCCAAACUCAAGGCGUUCGAAGAUUGCGGCUUGCUCGAGACGCUGCCGCGUCUUCAGCACAACGCCCUGUUGGUGUACGAUGAGGUGAAGGGGUUCUGUGCGAACACGGGCAGCACCUACAUGGAAAAGGACAAACUCUGCAACAAUUUGAGAAAAUAUAUACCUGAUGAACAGGUGUGGGAUACUCUCCCGUUCCUCAAGGAACUGGGGGUGAUGAUGUGGGACAGACAGAAAGUCGUGCUUCAAAAACAUCACAACUACGAAUUGGGCAUCGCAGACUGCCUGCGCCAUCUUAUGGACGCCAAGCAGUGGACGAUUCCGAUAAACGCUCAGGAGGUUUUGUACGCUCACGCCCAGAAGAUUCGGAACGCGAAAGAUCCAACGAUGGAUCCCUCGACCCUUUCCCCCGUGAAGGUGGAUCCGGACCAGCUGCUGGCAGCCCAGAUGAUCUGCUCGGACCCGGUGACGGUCAUCAGCGGCUGCGGUGGCUGUGGCAAAACCACGGUGGUCAGCGAGCUGUUCCGGGCGGCGGUGGAGAAGGGACGCGGGGGGUACCAAGAACCCGGACACCUUCCUGGAACGUCCGACGAGGGAGAGGAGGAGGAGGAGGAAGAGGAGGAGGAGGAGGAGGAGGAGGAGAUAGAGAGGCAGGGCGAUAAGCUUUUGAAAGAGCAGAUCCUUUUGACCGCCCCCACUGGUCGGGCAGCAUCUCUGCUGACGAAGAAAACAGGCUUCCAAGCCUUCACCAUGCAUCAGGUGAUUUGGACGUUCAAUAAGGCAGAAGAAGAAAAAAAAAAAAAAAAAAAAGAACAUGUUGACGGAGAGAAGUUCGAGUUGAAUUGGAAGUUCGAGUCGGUGCGCGUCUUGGUGCUUGAUGAGGGCAGCCUUGUGCCGGUUGGUCUCCUCCACUCCGUCCUCUCCAAGCUCAUCAGCCACGCCAAGCUCCAGAAGUUCAUCCUCUUGGGCGACGUGAAACAGCUGCCCAGCAUCCAGCCAGGGAGCGCCCUAGAGGACCUCUUCUCCAGCCUGAGGUCGGUCAAAUACAACGUGGAGAUGAGGCACAACCACCGCUCCGAGUCCGAACUCAUCGUCCAAAACGCGAAGCGAAUUGCCGCCAUAGGGAUGGGUCAAAGCUCUGAGCCGUUGGAGUUUGACCACGUCGUGAGCCUUCCCGGGCCGUUCAACAUACCCCCCGGCAAAAAGUUCAUCCACAUCUGUCUCCCUGCCCGCAAGGGCGAUGACGAUCUACAAAAGGCGGUCAAAUGGCUGAUGGAAUCAGCACCUGGGUUGGAUGAUGAUACAAAAUCUCAAUUCAUUGCAUUCAGAAGGGCGGAUGUUGACUUGAUCAAUGAACUCUGUUGUACCCACUAUAAUAAGCACACAACCAAAGAUCAUAAGGGCAAGUUUAAGUUUCAGCCUGGAGACAAAGUCUGUGUCACCAAGAAUGCCCUUAUUGGUCAGGAGGACGCUGAAGCCCAAAGAAAUCCUGAAGAUGAUGAUAAAAAACCGGAGAGCAACCGACUCUGCAACGGAGAGAUAUUCUUCAACACUGAGUUUCAGCCUGGAGAUAAAGUCUGUGUCAACAAGAAUGCCCUUAUUGAUCAGGAGGACGCUGAAGCCCAAAGAAAUCCUGAAGAUGAUGAUAAAAAACUGGAGAGCAUCCGACUUUGCAACGGAGAGAUAUUCUUCAUCACUGAGGACCACACAGAGGUGGACCACCGGGGCCGAAAGACGCGCUCGCUGACCCUCGACGAGCGGCCGGGCCGCGUCAUCAAGGCCCAGUACCGGGCUCUGCUGCGGAGCUGCAAGCUGCGCCACGCCUGGGCCAGAACCAUCCACACCUUCCAGGGAUCCGAGACCGAAACGGUCGUGUACGUGGUGGGCACGGGCGGCUUCCAGAACUGGAGGACCGUGUACACGGCCGUCACCAGGGGCCAGAAGCGUGUCUACGUGGUCUCCACCGAAGAGGGGCUCCAGGGGGCCCUCAAGCGGAAGCCGGACCCCCGGCUGACGCGCCUCGCGGGCAUGGUCAAGGAGAAGGUGGUGCAGAUGGUUCAGGAGUCCCCCCGACUCCAGCGCGACCAACGCGGAUCGCCGAGGUCCACGCCCCAGUGGUCCACGCCACAGAAUGCCACGCCCCAGAAGGCCACGCCCCAGAGGACCACGCCCCAGAGGACCACGCCCCAGAGGACCACGCCCCAGAGGACCACGCCCCAGAAGACCACGCCCCAGAGGACCACGCCCCAGUGGUCCACGCCCCAGAAGGCCACGCCCCAGAGGACCACGCCCCAGAAGGCCACACCCCAGAAGGCCACACCCCAGAAGGCCACGCCCCAGAGGACCACGCCCCAGAAGGCCACGCCCCUGAAGGCCACGCCCCAGAGGACCACGCCCCAGAAGACCACGCCCCAGAAGACCACGCCCCUGAGGACCACGCCCCUGGUCCCGCCGCGGCAGACACCCAGUACCAAGACGGUCGUUAAGCGCCUGUGGGGGGCGGGAGGCCCGGUGGAGGCUCCAGCUGGCUCGCCCGUGAAGGAGAUCGUUGACGACCAACCGGGAACUGCCCGCACCGGGGCAGCAGCAGCAGCCAAGGCGGCAUUCGAUUUAUUUUUUACUCCCAGAAAGAAAACAAAGUAUGUCGAUUCAGCGAUGGACUGCACCAAGCUCCAGCCACCCUCCCAUGAUAGCCCAAUGCACGACCCGGUGGCGCCCAAAAGGCCCCAGUCACCCGAGUGACAAACUACACGGACCCCACCAGUCCUUCGAUUGGAUCAGACGAUGGGAAGAGCGACAAUAGUUGAGGAACGUAUUCACCGUUCAACAGUUUGAUAUGGUUUUGCCUCUUUCUGUUUGCAUCCCCCUAGGGCUGGGAUAAACGAUUAUUUUUUAAACGAUUAAUCUAGCGAUUAUUUUUUAAACGAUUAAUCUAGCGAUUAUUUUUCCGAUGCAUCGAUUAAUCUAACGAUUCAUUUUUCAGUCCGAUUCGAUUUCGAUUCGAUUAUCUUAUAGCAAUUUAUACAUGUUGAUUUACAUAUCUGAAUGAAAAAAACAUGAAUUCCUUAACAUUGCAAUUCAUGUUUAUUGCCUUUAAAUUCCAAAAUUAAAGUGCAAAGUAAUGCAUUAUUAGAAUUCUACGGUGCUCAGUCAUCUGCAGAUGCUCCCGGGUGGCGCCUCUUCAGGUGCUGGUGCAAUGCCGUGGUGCUAGAAUGGAAAGCCAUCUCCAUUUUGCAAAGACGACAUACCACGGAAUCGUUUCCUUUUACAUUAAAGAAUUCCGAGCUACACACCCCCUCCGUUGAUUGGUCGACAGAACCAUCACUUCCGGGCGACGUGGGGAUAAAAACAAACAAACAGUGGCCUCGAGGUAUUAUAUUAUCUGUUGUUCUUGAAGGUAUUAAUCACCGGAGCCGAUGAGGGUUUUGUAUGGGCAUCGAAUGGCCCUUGUUUUGUCUGACAGUCCAACAUCAGAUCCCCUGCAGACCAACAAGCCUGGGUCCACUGUCACCUAGGAGUCACACCCCGCCCAAACUAGAGACGUGUGGGCGGCUUGUGAUUGGCUUGAUUUAAAUAACGGUAACCCAAUAGGAAUCAGUGGGUUCCAUAUUUUUGUUUGUGAACAGGACAGUUGGAAAUAACUGAUAUACUGUGUUUCGUUAUGAAGAGAAGAGUGGUGGUGGAACACAGAGUACUGGCUCUCUUUUUUCUUUUAACACUGAGCAAGCCAGGUGUUAAAAAGAGGGCUACAUAAUCGGAACUUCUUCACAAUCCUUAGGAUUGAGCAUCAUUGUCUAUUCAAACUGCAAAUCCGAGAAUUUGAUUGUGUCUCAGUGUAAACUGUAUCGCAUUACUACGUUCAUCAUUGUGUUUCUUUUUUUAACCAUUUGUAUUGAUUAUUGUCAGUUGAGUUGGUGAAUCAUUUCAACUAUGUUAGAUGGUACUUUUUUAUCUUUAUUAAUUAACUAUCAUUGCUCAAUACUUUUUAGACUGAAUCAUGUGCUUAAUGCUUUUCAAAGUGCCUAUGUGGAGAUGGGGAUAUAAGGGUUUAUAAUACUAUAGACAAACGGGAAGUAUGUGCAAUUUGAUGUGUACUUAUGCAUCCAAUUAAAGAAACGGGAGGCUACUGCAUGAAGCAAUCUAAUUUAUUUGUCGAUGAGUAAAAAUCUAAACUGGACUGACUGGAAGAUACUGGAUGUAAAAUAAACCAAAAAAUGAACUUGGUCAAACGCUUCAACCAAUAUGCAACCAAUAAGAUGCAAACACACUGUCUCUCUCAACUUGAGGGUUCCCGUCUUUGUUGCUACCACCAAGUCCGGUCUUAAUAGUAGUUGGAGACCAACACAAAUUCUGAAGUUGUAUUCUUAUUUCAAGGUCUGCGUUUCUAGAAUUAUUUUCAAAGGGACGACCAAAUUAUUUAAAAGUGUGUUUAUUGAUGAGUGCACAUAAUUGAUCAUUUCUAUAGCAUACAACUCUUCCAGAUGUAUUUAGAUGGUCUGAUCAUUGUGGUCUUCUGACCAUGGACUCAACGGUAUAAAACAGAUUCUUCACUUUCUGCAUUCAGGUUGGGCAAUACACCAUUGCGCAUGUGCAGAAUAUUGUGAAUUCAACUGUUCAUUCAUGUGGACUUUAGUUUGUGAUAUAAAUUGAUUUGAAACAUGGAGUCAAUUCCGCUAUGCAUCCAUGUAUUGAAAAUCUGUUUGCCUCGUUCUUAGUUUUUUAAAAACAGCUCAACAACUGUCGCUGCGUUGAUUGGUCACGUGAACUCUGAACUCUGGUGAGCCGACACCGUUCCGGUCCGUUCGACCCUGCUCCUGAAUCACAUCACAGGUCCAUAUGGUGUUCAUGUUGAUCGUGUUGGUGUUGCCGGGCCUUCUCCUGGAUCAGAUCCACAAACUCGUGCUUCUCCAGGCAACCGCGGCACUCCUCUCCCCAGGACGACAGCACUCUCUUCAGCUCGGCCACGCGGAGCGACAGCAGCCCCGCGCUGCUCAGGUCCCACAGCUGCUGCUCUGCAGACGGACGGACAGAGAGACAGUAUUACAGUGCACUAGCGACGGGUCAUGGGGAGAGAGGGACAGCGGGCUGUCUUAGCAAGUGUGUCGUGGAGUGGGGAGUCGGCUGAGAGAAUGGGAGGAGAUCCCAUGGGGGGGAUGGGAGACGUUUACAUUUAGGGCGUUUAGCAGACGCUCUUAUCCAAAUCUACUUGCAAUAAGUACAUUAGUCAGAAAGAGAAACAAUAUAUAUCGCAUCCAUAACCUCAACUUCUACUGAAGACAUGGAAAAACUCCCGUAUAACAUAAAGAGGGAAGAAACCUUAAGAAGAAGAGGAAUCCCUCCAGGGAUGGUUAGGUGCACAGCGGCACAAAUAAAAUAGAACAUUAUGUAACACUUAUGAGUUAAGAAAAAAUCCACCAUGACUGAAGGAUAUCUGUUGCUCAACAUUUGCAAGAAUGCCAUGCUGUGAGUUGCGGUGGCUUGCUUCGCUUCCGACAGGAAAUUACCAUAUUUCAGUUCACAUAUCUGUUUGUCGGUGCUGCCGAGCCGCUGGCAGAUCUUCUCCACCGGCACGUGCACGGACAGAGGCCGGGCGACGGACGCCGUGACGCGGGUCGCUGCAUCGCUGCUGGCCCCCAGGUAAUAGCACUA